AUUUCUAUUAUAAAUAGUUUCUCGAUAGAAUUAAAAUCUCUUCGUCAUAAUAAAAACUCUACUCAAACGAUUCACGGGUUUCACUUGGAAUCGUUUGAUUUUCUCGUUUCCGAAAUAUAAAAAAAAAAUGGCCAAAGCGCCACCGUCAAUCUCUCUUCUCCUCCUCCUCUCCGCCGCCGUAUUCCUCACCAUCCCCGCCGUGAUCUCCGCCAUCGGUGUUAACUAUGGAACUCUCGGGAACCUCCCACCACCGACUCAAGUUGCAAAUUUCAUCAAGACUCAAACUUCGAUCGAUAGCGUCAAGAUCUUCGAUGUGAAUCCCGAUAUCCUCCGUGCUUUCGCUGGAACUGGUAUCUCCGUCGUCGUUACCGUUCCUAACGGCGAUAUUCCGGCGUUAGCUAACGGAAGACAAGCUCGUCGGUGGGUUUCGGCUAACAUUUUGCCGUUUCAUCCUCAGACUAAGAUUAAGUAUAUCUCUGUCGGAAAUGAGAUUUUGCUCACCGGAGAUAAUAAUAUGAUCAAUAAUCUCUUACCGGCGAUGAGGAAUCUUAACAAUGCUUUGGUUCGUGCUGGUGUCAGAGAUGUUAAGGUCACAACCGCCCACUCACUUAACAUCAUAGCCUAUGACCUGACCGGAGCACCUAGCAGCGGUAGAUUCAGGCCUGUUUGGGACAAGGGCAUAUUGGCUCCAAUCCUAGCUUACCAUCGCCGCACCAAGUCUCCUUUCAUGGUUAACCCGUACCCUUACUUUGGUUUUGACCCCAAAAACGUCAACUUCGCCAUUUUCCGUACACCGUACAAGGCGGUUCGUGACCCGUUCACCCGCCAUGUCUACACCAACAUGUUUGAUGCACUCAUGGACUCGACUUAUUCCGCCAUGAAAGCUCUUGGAUACGGUGAUGUUAACAUUGUCGUUGGUGAGACGGGCUGGCCUUCUGCUUGUGAUGCACCUUGGUGCUCGCCUGCGAAUGCUGCUUGGUUCAACCUCAACAUUAUCAAACGUGCACAAGGCCAAGGGACACCUCUCAUGCCUAAAAGAAGGUUUGAGACUUACAUUUUCGGUCUCUUCAAUGAAGAAGGCAAGCCCGGUCCGACCGCAGAACGUAACUGGGGACUUUUCCGAGCAGAUUUCUCCCCAGUUUACGAUGUUGGUCUUCUCCGAAAUGGACAAGGCGGUGGAGGCCGUCCAGCAUUGCCUGCACCUAGUACUGCUGGCGGUAAAUGGUGUGUGGCCAGAUCGGCGGCAACGAAUGCGCAGCUGCAAGACAACAUUAAUUGGGUGUGUGGUCAGGGAGUUGAUUGUAAACCGAUCCAAGCUGGUGGUUCAUGCUUUAACCCGAGCAGUUUGAGGACGCACGCAUCUUUUGUGAUGAACGCUUAUUUCCAGAGCCACGGCCGCACUGACGGUGCUUGUAAUUUCAGUGGAACUGGUAUGGUCGUAGGGAACAACCCAAGCAAUGGUGCGUGUAAGUACUAAGAGAUUGUCUAUGUCUAUGUAGUAGCAUUUGUCUGGAAAAUCCUAACAUAAUGGUUCUGAGGAACUUUGGAUUUGAGAGAUCAUCAGAUUUGUGUUUGAUUUCGGGUUAUUCUAAUUUUAAGGUUUUUUGUUAAUUCU